GGACGCAGUGAAGGCGGCACGGCGCACCGCUGUCUGUCUCCGACGCUGCUUUUGUCAGCUGAGCUGUUAGCAUCCCGAGGCCCCGGCCGACAUCGCGGGCCUCGUCCCGGAAGGACCCAUUUCCUCGACACAGUCAUAAACUGACUCCAACAUGGGGGUCAAAACCUUCACCCACAGCUCGACCUCCCACAGCCAGGAGAUGCUGGAGAAGCUCAACGCUUUACGCAACGAGGGCCACCUGUGUGAUGUCACCAUCCGGGUCCAAGACAAGCUCUUCCUGGCCCACAAAGUGGUCCUGGCCUGCUGCAGUGAAUUCUUCCGCUCCAAGCUGGUGGGCCGGCCAGAGGAGGAGGACAAGUUUGUGUUGGACCUUCAUCACGUGACCGUCAGUGGCUUCGCUCCUCUGUUGGAGUACGCCUACACGUCCACCCUCUCUAUCAGCACGGAGAACAUCAUCGACGUUCUGGCUGCUGCCAGUUACAUGCAGAUGUUUGCUGUUGCUAGCACAUGUUCAGAGUUCAUGAAGUCCAGUAUUCUGUGGGGCCCGGGGAACAACAGCAACAAUAACAACAUAACGGCAGAUAAACCGCACGAAUCCGCACCAGAGAGCGCCUCAUCAAACUGUGCCCUGACGCCACUGGACGGCAGCGUGUCGCCCGUUUCGUCUGACUGCAGCGUGAUGGAGAGAAACGUUCCUAUAUGCCGCGAAUCGCGACGGAAACGCAAAAGCUUUGUAACAAUGGCAUCGCCGGAGAGUCCGCUCAAAUGCACUACACAGAUGGUCACCACCUCCCCUCAGAUCCCUAACCCGUCCCCGUCCUUCUCAGACAGCACAGCCCAGCCCGUGGAGUCCUCCCUGGCCUUCCCGUGGACUUUCCCGUUCGGUAUCGACAGGAGGUUCCACUCAGACAAAUCGAAGCUCCCGGAGAGCCCUCGGUGUUUAGAGCAGGGCGCCGCGGGGACGUCGGAGGUGGUAGUCGGCCGGCGGCUCAGUGACUUCCUAACGUGUGAGAGCUCUAAGGCGGUGUCGUCGCCAGUGCCGGCAGAGGAGGAAGAUGUGAGGGUGAAGGUGGAGCGUCUCAGUGAUGAGGAGGUCCAAGAGGCGUCCUCGCAGCCGGUCAGUGCCUCCCAGAGCUCGCUGAGUGACCAGCAGACGGUGCCCGGGAGCGAACAGGUCCAGGAGGAGCUCCUCAUCAGUCCACAGUCCUCCUCUAUAGGGUCGAUGGAUGAGGGAGUGUCUGAGGGCUUGCCGUCAAUGCAGAGCACCUCUAACACUGGAGGACACGCAGAGGACGAUGAAAGGUUAGAAGGUAUUCAGUAUCCGUAUCACCUGUAUAUCAGCCCCUCAGCCAGGCCCGGCACCAAUGGCCCCGACAGGCCCUUCCAGUGUCCAACCUGCGGAGUCAGAUUCACACGCAUUCAAAACCUGAAGCAGCACAUGCUGAUACACUCCGGCAUUAAGCCUUUCCAGUGUGACCGCUGUGGGAAAAAGUUCACACGGGCCUACUCCCUAAAGAUGCAUCGGCUGAAGCACGAAGGUAAACGCUGUUUCCGGUGCCAGAUUUGUAGCGCCACAUUCACGUCCUUCGGUGAAUAUAAGCACCACAUGAGGGUCUCCCGACACAUAAUCCGCAAGCCGCGGAUUUACGAGUGCAAAACGUGCGGGGCCAUGUUCACCAACUCUGGCAAUUUAAUUGUACACCUGAGGAGUCUGAACCAUGAGGCAUCCGAACUAGCAAACUACUUCCAGAGCAGUGAUUUCCUCGUGCCCGACUACCUGAGCCAGGUACAGGAGGAGGAGGAGGCGCUGGGAGUCCAGUAUGAGCUAGAGGAGUCCCAACAUCACCCCGUGUACCCGGGCAGCACCUCCACCUCCACCUCCACCGCAGCCUCGUCCUCCUCCUCAGUCCAGAUGCCCGUCAUCUCCCAGGUCUCCUCCUCUACUCAGAAUUGCGAGAGUUCCUCCGGCUUCCUUUCACCCGAGCCCCUGGACCCCCUGGAAGCCCCAGCCUCCCUCAAGAUGGACGCCGACGAGACGGCCGCCAUGACAGAGGAGACCAAGAUGGACACAAGUGGAGGAGGCAGUUCCCCGGAGGUGUUUGAAGAAGAGCAGCAGCAUGCCCAAGCCAAGGAGCUGGCUUCCAUUACCAUCGAGUGAUUCAAGCCUUCUUCUUGCCCACCAUGUCUUAUUUUGCAGUCAUGUCAUAUGGGAAUAUCUGUCCAAACGCCUCGGCGGCUACAAGGGACGACUUGGACUCGCGUUGAAACCUCAUGUGAAGCCAUCAAGACGCCAAGUUUUCUGAAGACUUCAGUUUGCCUUGAUGAUGAUUUUCCACAUGCAACACAGAUUGCACUUAUUUAAGUUCGUGUUUUAAACCAAAAUCCAACAAAAGUUUAUUUUGUUUAUUUUGAAAUAAUUUCCCCCUUAAACUCGACCGAAGCAAUUUCUUUGUUGGUGACUAAAAUCAGUCGGAACCGAAACCUGAGAUUCAAAAUAAGUAUUUUUUAAGUGAAGCAAGCGAACGUUGUUUUUUAAGAGUCGUUUUUUUUAAGAAGGCUGUUUUUUUUUCCCAUAUGACGUGAACGCAGCACUAGCUAAAGUCAUUUCUGUCUUAGCCAAUUUGAGGUCUGUUAAAUCCAAGCCUUGCCCUACUUUUUGGAAAGUGCCUGAGAGUUCCCAUUUUAACAAAGCAACGCGUAGAGAGGAAGAAGAGGUCUUGACUUUGCCAACAGUGACAAAUCAAGUCUUUGCAAACUGAGCUAACUAAAAAAACAACAAACAAACAUUGUAUUUCAUUUGUAGUGAUAAUGCUAGUUUGUAUGGGCAGAGACUGUGUUAUUCCUUCAGUGCCGUCGCUAUAGGCAAACUGUUAAAUGUCAAUAUUAUCUAUAUUGCAAUAGCUUGUACUGUAGUUUUACUAUUUGAAUGCUGUGUAUGUUGGGUGUUGUGAAAUAUGAUACGUCAGGUGUGUGUAUGUGCAUUUCUUUUUAUCUACAUGAACACAGUACUUUUCAUUUUUAAAUGUUUAAAACUUGAAAUUAUAUCGACAGAGUAUUCCCUUAAGACAUUUGUGCAGUAUAUCAUUUUUCUAACCUAUUAUUUUUCAUUUUUUUUAUUUUGAACGAACACUGUUGUUAAAUCAAACCUCACAUCUCCAAAAAAAAAAAAAAAAAAAAACUAAACGCAAGGAGUUUAGUAAGACUUGGAUCAGCACUGAUGCAGCUUUUGUUUCAAAAUCCAAUAAAUAAUAAAAAUAAGACUGAAAUUUAUGUAAUACACAAAUUUCAAAUUUGGAGGGCAGUGUUAUUUUCCCAGACGGGCUCAAAGAUGAUAAUGUAGCAUUUCAUCCCAGUUGAACGUAUGCCUACUCGUCAAAUGGAUUUUAUUUUCGGUUUUGAAGUCGGCGUGUGUGCUAAAUAUUAAUAUCUGACACGGCUUUCUGUUUAUGGUCGUCCUGACUUAUCAGCAGGUACACUGCUUAUACUCUAUUGCAUGACUGUUGAAGUGAUGUUUCACUUAGGUACAACAUGAUUGUCUUUUUAAAAGUUUUUUCCUCGUGUGACUUUGUGAGAGAAAAACCACAACUUUUAUGUUUUAAGUGUGGAUUAACCACCAGCAUUCUUCUUUUUUUUAACCUAAGUUGUCACAGAAGUGGGAAAACUACAUUGUGAAAAAUUUAAAAUAACUACGUCUGCAGCCAGGGAAGCAGCAAGUGAUGCAAACAGAUUGUGACGGCUUUCUGUGAUGGCCAGUUUACAGUCGGAGCAGAUUACCGGGAUGUUGGAGUUACGUGAUAAUAUUGCUUUAAAAGCAGUAGGAGUGUGCUGAUGUGUGAAUGCAAAUACUGUGAGUUGAGUCAUUAUAAAUGAUCAAUAUGUUGUGAUAGGCAAGAGCUUAUCUUUGACCUUAAAGGGGUAGUUCAUAUUUUUUGAAGUGGUGCUGUAUGAGGUACUUAUCCAUAGUCAAUAUAUUAAAUGUAGUAGUUGGCGGUCGGCACGCAUUCUGUUUGGAGAAGCAGGCUGCAGUCAGACACAGAAGCGAGUUAAUGUCAAUGGGGUCCAGCAAAAAAAUGUGUUUUAGUCACCUAAAAAGAGUCCCACAUGGUGUCUGCUUUACUGAGAGUAUUUUUACUGCUUUACCCAAAUGCCAGACAGUGGUUUCCAACAGAAAAAUGAAGCAAUUUUAUCUCUCUCUUCAAAGCCAGACUCCAUUUAGAAAAACGGUGAUUUACCAUCGCUGAACGCUGGAGCUGCUGCUCUACAGCUGCCUCGAUCAGUUAGUUUGUUUGUGUUAUUGUGUGACGUUGGUGUUCGGAAAGGUUAGUUCAAAUUCACCAGAAUCACACAGUAACACAAACUAACGAGCUGAUUGGAGCAGUGGCAGACCAAUAGCUCCUGUGUUCAGAGAGCUUAAAUUACUGUUUUUUUGAAUGGAGUCUGGUGGAGAGCAUUGAUAGAGAACUAAAGCCAGUACUGGCUUGCCUGUCAAAACUGUUUAAGAGAACGAUAAUGAAGUGAAAAUACUCAAACCAUUGCACACACUUGGGUCAGACUUUUUAAGGUGGCUAAAUCACACUUUUCUGCUGACUUCACCAGUACGUGGCUUAGCUGCUGUGUCGGACUCCAGCCUGUGCGGACUGAUAUUGAUGACUUAAGAGAAGUGCUCCGUACAACCCUGUUUAAAAGAACCGGAACUAUAUCUCUAAACUGAUAGCACGGUUUGGCAGUUAUUUUAUUUUUUUUUUUAACACAGAUUUGGGGUCAAACUUCCAACUAGUUUUACCUGUGUUGUGCCAACAUGGUUGUAAUUGUCUACUUGGACAUUGUCGUGCCUGUAUUUUAAGAAGAUAAUGACACUCGUGGUGAUAACCCAUGAGUUGAAUGCUACUGACUGUGACUGGGUGUGUUGUUUUUUUUAUUUUCUGUCGCCCCCGUGAAAGUAGUACAAAGAGCCAACACCGAGGACUCUCCCAGCAGGAUGGAAGUCCUCAUAUACAGGGUUGAUUGUAAAUGUAAAGAUGAAUACUGUUGUGACGAGGGCGUCUUUAAUAUAACCUUGUCCCGAUCAUUAAAAUUCACUGAGAGCUGUCUUAAUAAGAGCUUGCGUCACCCUGGGCCAUCCUAUCAGUCACUUUUUUCAAAGUUGUGCCAUUUGCCCUUUUUAUCGGGGGGUAUAAAUCAUGCUUUUUCCUACAGGACCAAAUGUUCUCUAUCUCAUUGGGGAUUUGCCAUGGCAAUCAGUAAUUGCACAUAAUAAAAGAAAGAGAUAAUCAUUUCUAAGUGGUCCAUGCUAUUUAGCAAAGGGGUCCUGCUGUUUCGCCCCUUAAAAACACUGUAUGAUGUUGUGCAUUUAAGAGGCUAGCCUUAGUAAACGGACCUAUUAACUCUAGUUGCACAAUGUCAAAAAUUUUAAAAAACGUUUUUCUAUUCUCCAUUUGUACGUCAUGCUUUUCAUCUGUUGUGUUCGGUGUCUGUAUUCAAACGACUUUUUUAUAAUGAAAAUGCUGCUGUUUGUUGAAACGCAAAAGUGCCCAAAAUAUUUUUGUGAACCAAUGGUGUGCAAUAAAUGGACAGGUGUUGUUUUAAAAAGAAAAAAAGAAAAAAAGAUUUUGUCUUUGGAAUGGUGAAUUAUAUAUUUAAAAAAAAGAAUGUAUAAUUUUUUUUUUUUUUUUUCAAAUUGGGCUGAAGGGUGAAAUCAAAUAGGCGAGGACCCCAUUUGAUCUGUGAAACGAGGAACAAAGCUUUGAUAUCAAACGACUGCUUCUAUUCAGCUCCUUUCUGUUCGUUUUUUUUCGAAAGUUGCAUGUUCAUAUCGUUCUGUGAAGUGGAGAGCAUGUCUUCAGUUUCUGAUGCAUACUGUCAAGGCCUUAUUUUGUCGAUGACUCUUCACCCGGCGUAGCUUCGAUCUGUUGUUAAGCAUGCCCUCUUCUUUUCUGUACGUUAUCCCUUUUAUGUGCAAUGUUUUAAAAUAUCUUGAUUAUAUACAGGACAUGCCUUCUCAAUGUACACUUGAUGUUGUAUACGUUUUCCAGUCCUUAUUUAAAAGUAGGAAAAUAUAAGAAAAAAAACAUGGUAGCUCUUCAUAAUAGCAUAUAUAUUUUUGGUGACUUUUGUAUUAUGGUUGCUGUUUCAUGGCAUCUUUGGAUAUUCUUGUUAAAUGUGAAUAGAACAGCUUAGUUUGGGAGUUUGGGGGGCCUUGGUAGUCUUCACUUUGUGACUGUCCGCAGUGUGUGUAUAUAUAUAAAUAUACAGUAUAUACACUCAUACUAUGUUGCAUAUUCUUUAUACUGUAGGCUACUUGAUUACAACCUGCUUUGAGACAGAUGUUGUAUUUUGUGUCUUUGAUACUGUAUUUAAACUGUAGUUUGGAGAAACUGUACAAAAAACAUCCCAGAUAGUAAUGCAACCUGCACAUUGUAUAGGGAGAACUGACGUUUGUGGUGUUGAGUGUUUUAACUGGAUCAUAUUCCACAGUUGGCUGUUCAAAACUGACAAGACCACUCUGUAUUUUAGAGUUUAUGGUUGUUCUGAAUCUUUGCUAGUGUUCUGGCUUUGCAGUCCUGUUAUUAAAGAGUCGUUUUUGUAAAAGUAUAAAAUGUAAAUAAAAAAAACCUAUGUCAGAAUAAGUCUAAAA